AAUCAUACAGCGCCCACAGUUGGCGGGAGUCGGUAUCGCAGAGGCCAACGUAGGCAGAGGAGGCGUGUGACGCUCCCCUACUAUCGCGCUUAUCCGAGCGAAAACAACCCCAGUCUGUGUCGGUGGUCCACAAAACAGCAGCCGUGCCCCGCCGCGCCCCCACCCCCAGCGGUGCUGUCAUGUGGCAGGAGGCCCGCAAACAUGAGCGCAAGCUCCGUGGCAUGAUGGUAGACUACAAACGCCGCGGAGAGCGCCGGCGAGAGUACUACGAGAAGAUCAAAAAAGAUCCAGCUCAGUUUCUCCAGGUUCAUGGCCGAGCCUACAAGAUCCAUCUGGAUCCUGCUGUGGCGAUGGCCGCUGAGAGCCCCAUCAACAUGAUGCCAUGGCAAGGGGAUGCCAACAACAUGAUUGACAGGUUUGAUGUGAGGGCUCACCUGGACUACAUCCCCACCUACACACCUCCUCUGCUCAACACAUCCAGCGCAGAGCAGGAAAUGGAGGAGAGGAGGUGUAACUAUGAGCGCUACAGAGGCCUAGUGCAGAAUGACUUUGCAAACAUCUCUGAGGAGCAGUGUUUAUAUCAGAUCUACCUGGACGAGCUCUACGGCGGCCUGCAGAAACCAAAUGAGGAGGAGAAGAAAAAGAUGGCUGAGAAAAAGGCCACUAUUGGUUACACCUAUGAAGACAGCACUGUGACAGAGCCUGAGCCCCAGUCAGACAAAGACGAAGAAAAUUCAGAAAACAGUGAAUCCGAAGAGGAUGAAGGCAUUCCAGAUAUUGAUGUGGAGGUUGAUGUUGAUGAGCUGAACCAGGAACAAGAGUUGGACCUAAACAAAAUUGCGACUCCAUAUGGAAUGGCUGAAGGAGACUUUGUCAGGAUGUUGAGGAAAGACAAGGAGGAAGUGGAGGCUAUCAAACAUGCCAAGGCUCUGGAGGCAGAGAAGGCCAUGUACUCUGGCCGGCGUUCUCGCAGACAAAGGAGAGAGUUCAGAGAGAAGAGGUUAAAGGGUCGACAGAUCAGCCCACCUAGUUAUGCCAGGAGAGACAGCCCAACAUAUGAUCCCUAUAAACGGCCAGAGUCAGAAUCCAGCUCUGAGUCGCGGUCACGUUCCAAGUCCCCUGGUCCAGAGAAGAUCACCUUCAUUACCAGCUUUGGAGGUAGCGACGAAGAAGCUGCAGGGGCAACUCAAACUGCCGCGCCUCACUCUGGCCACGCCCCCUCCACCUUGCAGCACCCUGCAGGUCAUAGCAGGGGCUCCCGGAGACGAAGGUCCUCGUCCAGUCGUUCCCCUUCCUCCUCCUCCUCCUGCUCAUCAUCUCGGUCCUCUUCUCGCUCAUCUUCCCGUUCCCGUCGAGCCCGACGGGGACGAGGGGGAAGGGACGGGCGCCGUUCCCGAAGCCACUCGCGUGUGAGGCGGCGCACCCGAUCUCACUCCAGGGGUAGAGGAGGGAACGGAGGAGCUGGAUCCUGGAGGAGACGGGACCGGACGCGAUCGCGGUCCAACGACAGAGACAGAGAACGGGAGAGGGACAGGGAUAGGAGACGACACGUGGCACGCAAACGAACAAGGUCUCGUUCCAGCUCACGACAGGGGGGCAGUUCCAGGCGAGGGGGCCGGCGCAGUGGGAGCUACCGUCGGGGAGACAGCGGCAGCCAUAGCCCCUCUCAGUCCCCCGGCCGCCAAAACCACAGUCCCUCUCCUUCUCACAGAGGGGGCCCUCCCUCUACCACCUCUGUCUGUGAAAAGCUAAGAAAGCCUGAUACUCCGAGUGGUAAAGAGACGGGAGCUGCCAAAUUCAAGAUGACGCCACAGGAGCGACUGAAGCUUCGUAUGCAGAAGGCGCUCAACAGGCAGUCCAAGGCGGAUAAAAGAGCAGCUCAGGUUAAGAUCCAGCAGCAGGAAAACAAACGACAGGAGCGAGAGGGAGAACUGCGAGCGAUGGCACGCAAGAUCCGCAUGAAGGAGCGGGAGCGCCGCGAGAAGGAGAGAGAUGAAUGGGAAAGACAGUAUGGGAGGCAGAGCCACUCGCCUUCUCCUUCCAAAUAUGGCCGAGAAAGCAGCUCAAACAGAAGGAGGUCUCGGUCUCGGUCUCGGUCUCGGUCACGGUCUCGGUCACGGUCACGGAGUCGGAGUCCUUACUACAGAUACUGAGCUAACAGUUGGAAAAUAUCAGAAGUGCAUUAAUUUGUCACACACACACACACACACACACACACACACUGUCCAAUAAAAAGGUGAUGGAAGAAGAUGGGAACAGAUGGAUUGACAAAUGUACACUAGAACAUGUGUUCUCUCUCACUGUCGGUCUACAGAGUAUACAACUUUGAUCUGAUACCUUAGUUUCACUGAUUACACAACUGAUUGAGUUUGAUCUGCCCAUAUCAGUUUUGCUCCAUCUUGUAAAGAUUGUCAUAUUAAAUGAGUUUCUUCUCUUC